AUCCAGACUAAGACACUUGCCGUAUCACUCGCACAUCCAGGCCUGUGCUUCAAUAAUGACCUGCGGGAACCUCUACCAGGAUCCUAGCAUGGAUCUCAUCAGCCAGAGCCUAGAGGACAUCAACAGAGCCAGCAAAUUGGCGCAGAGACAAAGCAAAGUCGCUGUAAAGUCGAAGACAACGCUAAGGACGACUAGGACGGGACGAAUCGCAAAGUCAGGUCCAACGCACGCCCAGAGAGUCAGGAAGGAAGAGCCAUUGUUCACCGAGACGUAUAAGGCCCUCGCAGCACCAGUCAAGGAAAUCUUUACCUCUCGAUACAUCCCCUCAGCAGGUCCCCUCAAACUUGUUGUCAUCAACAACAAAGCGAUUGAGGCGAGAAAGGCAGCUGGGACCGCAAGGACAUCUAACCUUACUACGAUACCACGGAAUACUCAUGCAUCAACAACCAGCAAUGAUAGCACUUCAAGGGAACGCCAAGGUUACCGUGGCGGGGACUACUAUCGACCCAAUUCUGGUCGACCAAUAAACAGCCAUCGUGAAAGGAGCAGAUCCCGCUCAGGCAGAAGUGAACCAGAGAGCAGGAAGAAUAGCAACUUUAUCAGCAACAAUCGCCCGGAAAGAAGUAUGAAUGAUACCGGCGAUAACAGGCGCAACAGCAACAGUAACGGCAACAAUAUCAAGAACAACAACAGUAGUACGCGAGGGGAAAGAAGAUCACGCUCUCGACCCGCCGAACAAAACAUUAAAAUGGAGCCCAGUGAAUCGCCGAGAGUUCAGCGUGUGAAGCAACAUCCAUUAGUGUCGAUGGAUAUUGACGAUCAACCAAUUUCAAUCAAGGGUGCGGCGCCUGCAGUCGCUGACUUGGGCACGAAUAGCGAUAACGGGCCUGUCACAAUUGAAAUUGAAAAUUUGGACCCAGGAACGACAGCAGAGGAUGUUCAAGUUGUGUGCUCGAGGUUUGGCGAAAUCAGGUCGUGUAUCUGUACCAACGGUUUCUCGCAAGUGACAUAUGCCCGAAAGGCAGCUGGACAGGCAGCCGUCGAGACAUUGAACGGUAAAAAGGCUGAUAAUGAUCAAAUUCUCAGGGUCACAAUGCGCAAGACGCCGGCCUUCCACAGCACGCCUUUGCCAGCCACGACUCAUGCACCCAGUGCCAUUGCGGAACCAAUGAAGAUGCUCACGAAAGUGAUGGAGGGAAAAAUCUACAAUGUGGGCACACUGUAUCAAGAGCAACUGCAAGCGGCGCAGCAUAUCCUCAAAGUACAGCAGCAUAGGAUGGCACAACUCCGUAUGGAGGAACAGCGCAUUGCAGCGCUUCGUAUGCAGACAAACGGGGUGUAUGAUACAUGAACAGUCCCAUCUCGCUAUGCACAGGAGGCGAUGAUGGUCUCUUUCCCUUCGCUUUCUAACAUGGGUGCGGUAGUACAUUCAAUAAACAACCUCGUAAUUAUUGUUAGACAACGAC